CUUUCGGACACCGCCCCCCCCAACCCUUGCCCCGCUAGGGGGUGCCGCUAGUUUCCAUCCUAUUUCUCUUAUGAAAGUAUCAGGUACCCCACCCCUAUCUUUAGAUUUGGUGAUAGUUCCCUUAAAAAUGGAAUGAACAAUCUACCCCAUCCUUUUCUCACAAUAUCAACUAAAUUCCAGCAAAAGGCAAAAAAAAAUUCUUUUUAUUGUAGCUUAGUGUUUGCAACUUGAUGUGUAGUCAGACAAACCUGUAAUCUGUCUCCGCUGAUCAGUCACUAGCUGUGUCAUUCUAUGGAACUCCCAUCAACUGCAAAUCUGAAGAAAAAUGCAUGCGAGCACACAGGACGUUUUGGGCAAAGACGGCCUUUAAGCUUUUGUUUUUACUAAGAAUGCCGCUCUCUAGUGAAACACCAGCCAGUUCUGGAAGGGACCCGGCACGGUGUUGAUGACAUCACUUCCGAGCGACAGGUUCGGGCUUUCUCCUGCAGCAAUACGGGCAGUCGACAGUCUUUACUAGGGAAAGGAGACAAGUGUUAGCACCUGCUCCCCAAGAGGAAGGAAUUAUCUAUAGAGUAAGUAUGCUAACCUUGAAUAAGACAGCAGGAGUUUUUAAACCAUCAAAAAGGAAAGUUUAUGAAUUUUUAAGAAGUUUUAAUUUUCAUCCUGGAACACUAUUUCUUCAUAAAAUAGUAUUGGGAAUUGAAACCAGUUGUGAUGAUACAGCAGCUGCUGUGGUGGAUGAAACUGGAAAUGUGUUGGGAGAAGCAAUACAUUCCCAAACUGAAGUUCAUUUAAAAACAGGUGGAAUUAUUCCUCCAGUAGCUCAACAGCUUCACAGAGAAAAUAUUCAACGAAUAGUACAGGAAGCUCUUUCUGCCAGUAGCAUCUCUCCAAGUGACCUCUCAGCAAUUGCAACUACCAUAAAACCAGGACUUGCUUUAAGCCUGGGAGUGGGCUUAUCAUUUAGCUUACAGCUGGUAGGACAGUUAAAAAAGCCAUUCAUUCCCAUUCAUCAUAUGGAGGCUCAUGCACUUACUAUUAGAUUGACCAAUAAAGUAGAAUUUCCUUUUUUAGUUCUUUUGAUUUCUGGAGGUCACUGUCUGUUGGCACUAGUUCAAGGAGUUUCGGAUUUUCUGCUUCUUGGAAAGUCUUUGGACAUAGCACCAGGUGACAUGCUUGACAAGGUGGCAAGAAGACUUUCUUUAAUAAAACAUCCAGAAUGCUCCACCAUGAGUGGUGGGAAAGCCAUAGAACAUUUGGCCAAACAAGGAAACAGAUUUCAUUUUGACAUCACACCUCCCUUGCAACGUGCUAAAAAUUGUGAUUUUUCUUUUACUGGACUUCAACACCUUAUUAAUAAAAUAAUAAUACAAAAGGAAAAAGAGGAAGGUAUUGAGCAGGGACAAAUCCUGUCUUCAGCUGCAGACAUUGCUGCCACAGUACAGCACACAACAGCAUGUCUUAUUGUGAAAAGAACACAUCGGGCUAUUCUGUUUUGUAAGCAGAGAGACUUGUUACCUCAAAAUAAUGCAGUACUGGUUGCAUCUGGAGGUGUUGCAAGUAACUUCUAUAUCCGCAGAGCUCUGGAAAUUUUAACAAACGCAACACAGUGCACUUUGAUGUGUCCUCCUCCCAGACUGUGCACUGAUAAUGGCAUUAUGAUUGCAUGGAACGGUAUUGAAAGAUUACGUGCUGGCGUGGGCAUCUUACAUGACAUAGAAGACAUCCGCUAUGAACCAAAAUGUCCUCUUGGGGUAGACAUAUCAAAAGAAGUUGAAGAAGCUGCCAUAAAAGUACCGCGAUUAAAAAUGAACCUAUGAUUUUUGCUGUUCAAAAAAAUCCCUACAGACGGCGUCUUGCUAUGUUGCCCAGGCUGGACUAAAACUCUAGGCCUCAUGUAAUCCUCCAACUUCAGCCUCCAAGGGCCAAUUUCUCACACAUCAUUUUUAAAAAGUAAAAAACAUAGAGUAAUAAAAAUAAUCUUUAUGGGGGGCAUUGUACUUUAGGAGAAAUAGUACACAUUUUAGGAGUGGUAAGAUGGUCUGGCUAGGCCAAGAUACUCAGGAAAUAACUGGAAUUGAAUGCAGAGAAACUUUGAUAACCUGAUAAUAGUUCUAAAAUACAGUCUUGAGCACACCUGAAACCAGUUUCAGAGCUCAAAAGUUGCCCUCUAAAGGCUUUUAAAAAUAUCUACAGAAGCUUAAUAUAUCCAUUCUUAUGAAUUCUUAUCCUUAAUUGUGCUGGAUAAUAGAAUUUAUCAUUUGAAUAUGUAUUGAUUUCUAGUAUAAAAUAUACAAUUUCCCUCCACAUUUCCUGUAUUUUGGUCAAUCCACCAGAAAGUUGUGACUCAGCACUAUUAAGAUAAUUUAGAAUUAAA